AUGUCGCGAUUUCAAAAUAUCAUCGACUCACCACCUGACGCUGCUUUCUCUCUAGUAGAAGCAUACGCACGCGAUACAUUUCCACAGAAAGUCGACCUCUGUCCUGGGUUCUAUCGGGAUGAGAAUGCGCAACCAUGGAUACUUCCUUCAGUUGCCCAAGCCAAAAAGCUUCUGCACAAUGACCCAACUAUCGACCAUGAACAUCUGCCUCUUUCCGGUCAUCCUGCUCUGGUGUCAGAUGCACAGCGACUGGUUUUCGGAGUUGAGGAGACUACUACUCUCGAUCGAAUUGCUUCCAUCCAGACCAUAGGAGGAACCGGAGCAAACCACCUUGGGGCGCUGUUCCUGUCCAAGACCCUUCGACCUGCGAACGUCUGGAUCCCUGAUCCGAGUUGGAUUGCGCAUCCCCAAGUCUGGGAGCAGCUAGAUAGUAGCACGAGCGUCCGCUUCUAUCCAUAUUUUGAUAAGAAAGACCAUUCGUUGGACUUAAGUGGGAUGGUCAAUACUUUGCGGAAUGAAGCAAUUGAGAAUGAUGUUGUGGUACUCCACGGCUGCGCUCAUAAUCCGACAGGUAUUGUCAUGACUGAAGAACAAUGGGAGGAAAUUGCCGCUAUUUGUGCGAAAAAAAGUCUAUUUCCUUUGAUAGAUCUUGCCUAUCAAGCGAAAGCCAAAGUGGCUACACAGCUGGAGCGACUGCAGCGAUCGGAGAUAACGACUACUCCAUCGUACGGUGCCAGGACUGUCUCGAUCAUUCUGGGAUAUGAGAAUAUUCGUAGACAAUGGCAGCAAGAUUUACUCCAUAUGAGUGACAGAAUGCAGGUGAUGAGAAAGCGCUUGUACGAGUUAUUGACUGCGCUUAGAAAGCCAGGAUCCUGGGACCAUCUUGUAUCUGAGAAAGGAAUGCUCUCCCUCACUACUCUAUCCCGAAAACAGGUCAAUAUACUGAAGGAGAAGUACCAUGUGUACAUGCUUCCCUCCGGGAGAAUUUCGGUCACUGGAUUGACGGAGUUCAAUGUAAAAUAUGUUGCCGAAUCUUCUGACAGUGUGAUAAAAGACACAGCUCCCCUCUGA